CUCGAUUUCAACACAAACACCAACGUCAUUCUGCAUCCUCUUGAACAGUGUCUAAUCCUGAGGUAUCUGCGUUCGAAUUGCCAUUCAGAGAGCCGCCUUCGGAGAGAAGGAUACAUCCUAGGGCCAGUCACAGUAAGGAAUAAAGACUUUCCACGAAAGGGGUCCAUUCCCACUUAUCAAUUUCGCGAAACGCCGUCUGCGGAACAGCCUGGACUCAAGAGACAUGCCAUCGCACUCGAUUGUGAGAUGAUCGGUGUCAAAGACAAUCGGCAAACUCUCGCGUUCAUGAGUGCCAUUGACUUUUUGACAGGCGAUGUUCUCAUUAGCCGCUACGUAGCACCAUCCGAGGAGGUCAUUGACUGGAGAUCAAAAAUUACCGGAAUAACCCAAGAUGUUAUGACAAGCGCCACGAUAUCUGGCGCUGCAUUCAGAGAUUGGCGAGAAGCGCGCGAGAAUUUAUGGCAAUUUGCCGAUACAUCCACCGUUUUCGUUGGCCAAUCCCUUAAUUAUGACCUUGAGGUUCUGGGAAUCUGUCACAACAAAAUUGUUGACUCCGCCAUUUUGACUGCGGAGGCUGUAUUUCCAGCUACUAGCCCCACGGAGAGUUUACCUCGCGCUUGGAGCUUGAAGGCCGUGGCCAAAACUCUUUUGGAUUUGGAGAUUCAGAGCGGAGAUCGUGCGCACAGUGCUUUGGAAGACGCAUAUGCGGUACGCGACGUGAUCAUAUUCUGCAUCAGAAACCCGGAACAGUUAAAGUCAUGGGCAGAGCUUCGACGGAAAGAAGAGAGACAAAAGGGCAAAAAAAGCCGGCACAAGAGCAAGGCCAAACGAAAUCUGACCACGUCGUCUACUCAAGAUAUCCAGCAUAAAACUCGGGUGUUAAGGAAUGAGUUCGAAUACGAUAUUGGUGACGAUGACGAAUUUUGCUUGUCCGAGUAUGCUAGGAAUGCUGGCUGGCCAGACGGGUGGGAUCCUUGGUCUGAUUGA